AAUGCUGUAAAAUAUCGCUUGCUCUCUCAGUGCUGUUAGACGCACUCUGCUAGACGCUCUGUUAACUGACGCAAACAAAGUACGACUCGGGCAGAAAUUUCACAUUUCACGCAAAACAAAACAAAACAAAAAAUUUUUGAAGGCAAACCAAGGCAGUUUCUGCUACUGCACUGACACGACCAUGAGUACAACCUUCAAGAACAUGAAACUGGCCCAUUUCGGUGGUGGCGGAGCUGGAAUCGUUGGCGGCAGUGGAGGUGCUGGUGGAAACAUCGGCGGUGCCUUUGGAAUGGCAAUAUCUGGCGGCGUGGCUGGUAAGAUGCCCGUAAAUGGCAGCGGUAGCGGAAAGGGCGCAUCUGCGGCUGCCGCAGCCGAGUCGGAGGUGUUUCUCACGCCCAGCGGUGUCAUCAUACCCCUGAUCCGUACCAGAGAUAUGCCAAAGAAGCUGCCCACCCUGUCGGCAGCCCUACAGCGACCUUCCGAUGACCAUUUGUCGGCCGAAGAUUUGGAUGCAGUGCAACUCGAGCUGGAGCAGCUACUCUCGAAUGUGGCUCUACGUGCGCGCGUCCUCAAGGCCGAAUACGACAGUGUGGACAAGGAUGAGAAGCGCAACGAUCGUCGCAAAUUCGAUCGCGUGCCUGGAUCGCCGCCGUGCACCAGCAACAACGCCAUGCUAAACGCCAUGCUGGGCAUAGGAGUAGGCGGCGCCAGCGGCGGGUUGGGAAGUCCAUCGGGCGUUUCGUCGAGUAUGGCCAAGCGGAAGCGAGACGAGCCGACGGGCGUACGCAAGAAGCACUCGUCGAUGACCAUUCUGAAGGGCGGCCUCGGCCCGUCCGGCUCAUCGAGGCACUCGAAGAACAGUCCAAUGGCCGUGCACACAGACGACAGCAUGGACUUUCUGCCGUCGUCGAACCUGAUUCUGCCCAUGCUGCCGCAGCUGCCGAAACUAGCGAUGCCAAAGAACGAUAUGCCGAACAAGUUCUGGCUCUCGGUGGAGCCGUACUGCAUGCCGGUGACCAAUGAGGAUCUACGCUUGAUCGAUGACCUCCUGGAGCAGUAUCGCGGCCCGCUGGUGCCGCCUGUUCCCACUCUGGGGCCUCACUACUCCACCGUAUGGGCGCUGGAGGACAUGAAGGCCUUGCAGCCAGGCGGAUCGCGCGUCAAAUCGCAGAAUGCCUCGGCCAUGGUGAAGAAGGGCGACGGAAUGUUGGAGGAGAGCAUCACGGGUCCCCUCACCCAGCGGCUUGUCACAGCUCUUAUGGAGGAGUCCCUGCUGACGCUGCCCAGCGAGCAGGCGGCUGUGGGGGAGCACAGCAACAGCACCACAAGCAGCAACGACAACUCCCACUCGCACUCCCAUUCCCACUCGCACCUAUCCUCCGCCAACUCGGGAGCUCCUGCAGCCAUCGGCAACUUUCGACCCCUCUCCAUGCUCAAGCACGGUGUAGGCAUUGAGCAGCGCCUGAAGAAGGAGCUGCUGGAGAACGGCCUGAUGGAUGCCAGCGACUGUGCUCCUCCCGAAGACACGGACGAUGUGCUGCUCGAGAUCAAGCGCGUCACGGCAGAAAUCAGCACCGUCUCCACAUUCAACAGCGAGGAGCUGAAGCGCCUCCGGCUGGCGGCCAGCGACGAGAUCAAGCGCAUCGAGCUCAAGCGCAAGCUUGACAUGAUUGACACUGAGAUACUCGAGUGCUACAAGCGGAUGCUGCAGUAUCGGGCGAAGCGCAAGGGACACACCGUCGAGGAGAAGCAGGAGAUCUUACGCCUCACCAAAGAGCAGCGCAUUCUGGCCGACCAGUUAGAGCGCAUGAGCAUUCUGCCGCCCCUUGGCCCCUCCUCCUCUUCGAUGGACGGAAAAUUGUAGGACAGGGGCAUGGCCUGGAGCUGGUGCCAGCUGGUGGCCAUGCAUCGGGCAAUCGGGCAAAAUCGAGGAGAUGUCCUCUUGCAGCUGCAAUGUUUCUGAAUCCCUCCCCUCUCUUGGCUCCGACAGAUUGUACAUUAACAAACAUACAGAUAUACUUAUAUAUACAUAUGUAUUUAUAUAUUGAUUUCAUGUAGAAUAUAUAUAGCUUAAAAGAAGACUCCUUCUCAUUCACUUCCACUUGCACACACACAAAAACACACACGACACUUUCUGUAUAGCUUUAGUUAUCGCGAAGGCAAUAAAGAGUGUUACCCUUUUA